AUGGCGACGCCCUCAAAGUCCUUCUUCGCCGUCGUGGCUGGCGUGGGCGCCGGAACCGGUGGUGCAGUUGCAAAGCGCUUCGCCAAAGCCUACCCGGUGGUCCUCCUCGCCCGCCGGGAGGAGAGCUUCAAGGACCUCGUGGCCGAGAUCAACGGCAGUGGGGGCCGGGCAUUGGGCAUCCCCACCGAUGCUACAGACGCGACCUCGGUGAAGUCGGCGUUCGACACCAUCAAGAAGGAGCUGCCCGAUCUGAAGCUGGCCGCUGCGGUGUACAAUGUCUCCGCAGGCUUCGGCAUCAAGCCCUUCCUCGAGUUCAAGGUCGAGGACCUUGACAGCAGCCUCAAGGGUAACGCCCACGGCCUUUUCCACUUUGCACAAAGUACUCUUCCCUUGCUGCUGGAGUCGGUGGACUCGUCGCCGCAUCCGCCAUCCUUGAUCGUCACCGGUGCCACCGCCAGCAUACGGGGCAGCGCAAAGUUCACAAACUUCGCCGCGGGCAAGUUCGCCGCGAGGGCCAUCACGCAGUCGCUGGCUAGGGAAUUUGGGCCCCGCGGUGUCCAUGUCGCGCACGCCAUCAUCGACGGCGGUAUUGACAUUCCUCGUCUGGCUGAGCACAAGCACAAGUUCAACAAUGGCGCACCCGAUGGGCUCAUCUCGCCGGACUCGAUUGCCGAAGACUACUGGCACUUGCACACGCAGCAUCGGUCGGCUUUCACUCAGGAGUUAGACCUGAGGCCGUACGUAGAAAAGUUUUAG